CGGCGCCAUUGCGGCCCGGGCUGGGCCACUCGGGCCGUGAGGAGCGAACCGCCUCCCCGGUCGCCCCCACCUGCAGCGCGAUGGUACAGCCCGGCCCGGUGAAGCGGGUGAUCAGGCAGGCGGCGCGGGCAGCUGAGGCAGCGUGAUGGGGUUGCGCGCGGGCGGAGCGCUGGGCCGGGCGGGAGCGGGACGCGGGGCACCGGAGGGACCUGGGCCAAGCGGCGGCUCGCAGGGCAGCAGCAUCCACUCGGGCUGCAUUGCCGCGGUUCACAACGUGCCGAUCAGCGUUCUCAUCCGGCCGCUCCCGUCGGUGCUGGACCCGGCCAAGGUGCAAAGCCUCGUGGACACGAUCCGGGAGGACCCCAACAGUGUGCCCCCCAUUGACGUCCUCUGGAUCAAAGGGGCCCAGGGUGGUGACUACUUCUAUUCCUUUGGAGGCUGCCACCGUUACGCGGCCUACCAGCAGCUUCAGCAAGAGACCAUCCCUGCCAAGCUGGUGCGGUCCACCCUCUCAGACCUGAAGGUAUACCUGGGCGCAUCCACACCAGACUUGCAGUAGCAGCCCUCCAAGCACCUGCCCCUGCAUACCAGCACUGCCUCCUAGAACCCAGAAGGUGCACCUGGCCCCCAGUGGGCAGAAGCCUUAGGAGGGAAAUGUUCUCUGUGGACCUGAGGAAGGAGGUCUGACUCUCAGUGCCUCUGCCCUAGCCAGGUCUGGCACACAUGCUGAACAAUGAGGGAGCCCGGUUUGUGAAAAUGGGAUUGUGGAGGAAGUAAGAAAAGAGAUGGAUUUGAAGACAGAGAACGCCCCCCCCACACACACACACCAUUUUUGUCUUUAGACUAUCCUCUGCCUUCAUGGACUUGGUACUAGGAAGUAAAGGGAAACCUGGGUCACUGUGGCGUCAGUGAGAGCAGAGUCUGAAUCCUGGAGCACUUAGUACUAUCAAGUAUUAUGUCAACAGCUCAGCGAAGGUAGGGAUUCCUCUCUAAUCCUUUGGCCUUGUCCUCAUCAUUUCUUACUCCAUGGUCAGAAUAUGACUGCUAUAUCUCCAGGAAUCAUGUCUAUACUAAAGAAGGAAAGCAGGGAGAGGAGAGGAAGGGAGAAACCCACUAGAAAUUUCGACCUCUACCAGAAAGGAAAACUUCAUUCCGGGUCCUGUUCACUCCUUUGAGCUAGACACCUUUGUCACCCACAGCUGCAAGAAAGCAGACAUUAGAAAACAUUGUCAUAGCUGAAUAUAACUGCCUUGUUCCAGUUCCCCUGGAACUGGCACUCUUCCUCCUGAAAUAAAAUUGGGAUCUCAUUAGCAAGAGAGGAGGAAGAGCUGUGUGUAUCAGUUAGCUUUUGCUGCAUAACAAGCUAUCUCCAAACUUAACAGCUGAAAAGGUAUUAUUUAUUCACAAUUCUGUGGGAUGGCACUUUGGGCUGGGCUCAUCUGGGCAGCUCUACUGGUAUUACCUGGGCCCAUGGCAAAUGGCAGGUGUUGGCCUGGGAGGCUUAGUGGCCUCAGGGUUCCAAGAGAGCAGAACAUGGGACCAUUGUUGGUCUAUCAGAGAUGAGUCUUGGUGGGCAAGUGGCAGUAUUUUUUUCUCACUUGCACACAUGCAUUCCUCACACACAGGGCCUUGCCUUACUAAAUAUGAGCCCUAAGACACUUCCCUAGAAGAGGUGGUGGCGUGAAUAGCCCCUAGGUCUGAGUCUCCUCCAGCAGGACUCUCUCCCUUCCAGAUGGGGGUGGGCAGGUGGAACAUUUCAGAGGGGCUUCUGCAAACCAAGGGUCCUGGAGGCCAGGGAGUAUAGUCACUUGACAUUUUCAAGCCUCAGUUUCCCCAGCUCAAUAAUGAGGACAACAGCUUUCCUACCCACUGAAUGUUCCCAGAAAUGAGACUGAAAAGGGUUAAGAUGCAAUGUGUCAUCGAUAGCUGAUCUUAGGACCAAAAAUAAAGGACAUUUAGCAGAUCAGCCUGUACUCUGACACAGUCUGGAUUUUAGUUAUUUUUGACUCUUGGUUAGGGCAUUUGUACUGUCUCCACAACUUUUCUGUAAAUCUAAAUCAUUACCCAAAAUAAAAGUUUAUUUAAUGAAAAAAAA